AUGGCCUUCGCCGGCCAAGCACCCACAAUUGUCGUGUUGAAGGAGGGGACGGAUACCUCUCAGGGAAAGGGUCAGGUCAUUUCGAACAUCAACGCCUGCGUCGCAGUACAGUCCACGAUCAAAAGCACGCUUGGUCCAUAUGGAGGAGAUCUCCUGCUCGUCGAUGGAAAUGGCAAGCAAACUAUUACAAAUGAUGGAGCGACAGUGAUGAAACUCCUCGAUAUUGUACAUCCUGCCGCCCGCAUUCUCACCGAUAUCGCCCGUUCCCAAGAUGCAGAGGUCGGUGACGGAACUACCUCCGUGGUAGUUCUGGCUGGCGAGGUAUUGAAGGAGGUUCGGGAUCUCGUUGAGCAGGGCGUUAGCACUCAAACCAUUGUGAAGGGUCUGCGGAGAGCCAGCGCUAUGGCUGUCAACAAGAUCAAGGAAAUUGCUGUUGACAUGAUCCAUGCUGCGGGUACUGAAGAGGAUAAAAUUGACACGUUACGGAAAUUAGCGGCGACAGCAAUGAACAGCAAGCUGAUCAAACGGAACUCGGAUUUCUUUACCAAAAUGGUCGUGGAUGCCGUACUCUCGCUUGACCAGGAAGAGCUCAACGAGAAGCUGAUCGGGGUAAAGAAGAUUACUGGUGGUGGCCUUCAGGAUUCGCUCUUUGUCAAGGGUGUCGCUUUCAAGAAGACUUUCUCCUACGCCGGUUUCGAGCAGCAGCCCAAGUCGUUCAAGAACCCGAAGAUUGUGUGCUUGAAUGUGGAAUUGGAGUUGAAGAGUGAGAAGGACAACGCAGAGGUGCGGGUCGAGCAGGUGUCCGAGUACCAGGCCAUCGUGGAUGCCGAAUGGCAGAUUAUCUUCAAUAAGCUUGAAGCUGUCUACAAGACUGGUGCAAAGGUUGUACUCAGCAAGUUACCCAUUGGAGAUCUUGCAACACAGUACUUCGCUGACCGCGACAUCUUCUGUGCCGGUCGUGUCGCUUCCGAUGACAUGAACCGUGUCUGCUUAGCAACAGGUGCAGCAGUACAAUCGACGUGUAGCGACAUCCAGGACCGCCAUUUGGGAACCUGUGGCUCGUUCGAGGAGCGACAAAUUGGUGGAGAACGCUAUAACAUCUUCUCGGAGUGUCCUGGCGCGAAAACAUGUACGCUCGUGCUACGUGGUGGUGCAGAGCAGUUCAUUGCGGAGGUCGAGCGCAGUCUGCACGACGCCAUCAUGAUUGUUAAACGCGCCCUGCGCAACACAACUAUCGUCGCCGGUGGCGGUGCUUGCGAGAUGGAACUGUCCAGCUACCUGCACGGCUUUGCCGACCGAAAUGUCCCGCAUAAGCAGCAAGCCGUGGUUAAGGCCUUUGCGAAGGCUCUCGAAGUGAUUCCCCGCCAGCUGUGCGACAACGCCGGCUUCGAUGCUACUGACAUCCUGAACCGCCUACGAGUUGAGCACCGCAAGGGCAACACCUGGGCUGGCGUGGAUUUUGACAACGAGGGUGUCCGGGACAACAUGGCCGCGUUCGUCUGGGAACCUAGCCUUGUCAAGGUCAAUGCUAUUCAAGCUGCGGUUGAGGCUGCUUGUUUGAUUCUGUCGGUAGAUGAAACGAUAAAGAACGAGGAAUCAGCCCAACCGCAAGCACCAACCCGUGGUCUUCCCCCAGGUGCAGCGCAACGGGCACUCGGAGGAGGCCGGGGACGUGGCAUGCCUAGGAGGUAA